AGCAGGAAGCCCGCGCCGCCGCCGCUGAGCUCCCCGGGCGCGUCCAGGACCCGCUGCGCCAGCGCGCCAUUCCCGGGCCCGCGUGCGUCCCCACGAGGACAGGGACGCCGCCGCUCCCGCCGCCUCUCCGCCCCGCUUCCUGUCCCCGCUCCCGGCGAGGGGCCCAGGAGAAGGCCGCGCCCGCGCUCGCCCCCGGCCCCGCCACCCUCCCGCCGCUUUGCGCGCCAUGGACGCCCCGGAGCAGCAGCCCGAGCCCGACGGCGGGGACGCCCCGGGCCAUGAGCCCGGGGGCAGCCCCCAAGACGAGUUCGACUUCUCCAUCCUCUUCGACUAUGAGUAUUUGAAUCCUAUCGAAGAAGAACCGAAUGCACAUAAGGUCGCCAGCCCACCCUCCGGACUCGCAUACCCCGAUGAAGUCCUGGACUAUGGCCUCAAGCCAUACAGCCCCCUCCCCAGUCUCCCCGGCGAGCCCCCCGGCCGAUUCGGAGAGCCCGAUAGGGUAGGGCCGCAGAACUUUCUGAGCCCGGCGGCCAAGCCAGCGGGGGCCUCGGGCCUGAGCCCUCGGAUCGAGAUCACUCCAUCUCACGAACUGAUGCAGGCAGGGGGCCCCCUCCGUGGGAGAGACACUGGCCUGCUCGGGGAGCAGCCGGCCCUGGCCGGCGCGGCCGCCAGCCCGCGGUUCACGCUGCCCGUUCCCGGCUUCGAGGGCUACCGCGAGCCGCUUUGCUUGAGCCCGGCUAGUAGCGGGUCCUCUGCCAGCUUCAUUUCCGACACCUUCUCCCCCUGCGCCUCGCCCUGCGUCUCGCCCAAUAACGGCGGGCCCGACGACCUGUGUCCCCACUUUCAAAACAUCCCUGCUCAUUAUUCCCCCAGAACCUCGCCAAUAAUGUCACCUCGAACCAGCCUCGCUGAGGACAGCUGCCUGGGCCGCCACUCGCCCGUGCCCCGUCCGGCCUCCCGCUCCUCGUCGCCUGGUGCCAAGCGGAGGCAUUCGUGUGCCGGGGCCUUGGUUGCCCCGCUGCCCGGAGCCUCACCCCAGCGCUCCCGGAGCCCCUCGCCGCAGCCCCAGGACGACGGUGCCCCCGCUGGGUACCCCCCCACGGCGGGCUCUGCCGUCCUCAUGGAUGCCCUGAACAGCCUCGCCGCGGACUCGCCCUGUGGCAUCCCCCCCAAGAUGUGGAAGACGAGCCCCGACCCAUCACCGGUGUCCGCCGCCCCGCCCAAGGCCGGCCUGCCCCGCCACAUCUACCCUGCCGUGGAGUUCCUGGGCCCCUGCGAGCAGGAGGAGGGGAGAAGCUCCGCCCCCGAGUCCAUCUUGCUGGUGCCGCCCACCUGGCCCAAGCAGCUGGUGCCUGCUAUUCCCAUCUGCAGCAUCCCAGUGACCGCAUCCCUCCCUCCGCUUGAGUGGCCACUGUCCCACCAGUCGGGCUCCUAUGAGCUGCGGAUUGAGGUGCAGCCCAAGCCACAUCACCGGGCCCACUAUGAGACCGAAGGCAGCCGAGGGGCUGUCAAAGCUCCAACUGGUGGCCACCCUGUCGUUCAGCUCCACGGCUACAUGGAAAACAAGCCCCUGGGGCUUCAGAUCUUCAUUGGGACAGCUGAUGAGCGGAUCCUUAAGCCCCAUGCCUUCUACCAGGUGCACCGGAUCACGGGCAAAACCGUCACCACCACCAGCUACGAGAAGAUCGUGGGCAACACCAAAGUCCUGGAGAUCCCUCUAGAGCCAAAAAAUAACAUGAGGGCGACCAUUGAUUGUGCCGGGAUCCUGAAGCUUCGGAACGCCGACAUUGAGCUGCGGAAAGGCGAGACGGACAUUGGCAGGAAGAACACACGGGUGCGGCUGGUGUUCCGAGUGCACAUUCCAGAGUCCAGUGGGAGGAUCGUCUCCCUGCAGACUGCGUCUAACCCCAUCGAGUGCUCCCAGCGGUCUGCCCACGAGCUACCCAUGGUGGAGAGACAAGACAUCGACAGCUGCCUGGUUUACGGGGGCCAGCAGAUGAUCCUCACCGGACAGAACUUCACGGCCGAGUCCAAAGUCGUGUUUACUGAGAAGACCACAGAUGGGCAGCAAAUUUGGGAGAUGGAAGCUACGGUGGAUAAAGACAAGAGCCAGCCUAACAUGCUUUUUGUUGAGAUCCCUGAGUAUCGAAACAAGCACAUCCGUGCAUCGGUGAAGGUGAACUUCUACGUCAUCAAUGGGAAAAGAAAACGAAGUCAGCCUCAGCACUUUACCUACCACCCAGUCCCAGCCAUCAAGACGGAGCCCACUGAUGAAUAUGACCCCACCUUGAUCUGCAGCCCCGCCCACGGGGGCCUGGGGAGCCAGCCUUACUACCCACCGCACCCGAUGGUGGCUGAAUCGCCCUCCUGCCUCGUGGCCACCAUGGCACCCUGCCAGCAGUUCCGCUCGGGGCUCUCGUCCCCCGAUGCCCGCUACCAGCAGCAGAACCCGGCGGCUGUCCUCUAUCAGCGGAGCAAGAGCCUGAGCCCCAGCCUGCUGGGCUACCAGCAGCCGGCCCUCAUGGCCGCCCCCCUGGCCCUGGCGGACGCCCACCGCUCCGUGCUGGUGCACGCCGGCUCCCAGGGCCAGAGCUCCACCCUGCUCCACUCCUCCCCGGCCAACCAGCAGGCCUCGCCGGUGAUCCACUACUCGCCCACCAACCAGCCGCUGCGCUGCGGCAGCCACCAAGAAUUCCAGCACAUCAUGUACUGCGAGAACUUCGCGCCCGGCCCCGCCAGGCCCGGCCCGCCCCCCGUCAGUCAAGGCCAGAGGCUGAGCCCGGGGUCCUACCCCACGGUCAUUCAGCAGCAGAAUGCCACCAGCCAAAGAGCCGCCAAAAACGGACCCCCGGUCAGUGACCAAAAGGAAGUAUUACCCGCAGGAGUGACAAUUAAACAGGAGCAGAACUUGGACCAGACCUACUUGGAUGAUGAGCUGAUAGACACACACCUUAGCUGGAUACAAAACAUAUUAUGAAACAGAAUGACUGUGAUCUUUGAUCCGAGAAAUCAAAGUUAAAGUUAAUGAAAUUAUCAGGAAGGAGUUUUCAGGACCUCCCGCCAGAAAUCAGACGUAGAAGAUGCCAUUAGCAAGACACCUUCCGUAUCUGACCCCUUGGAGCCUUCCACUGCCCUCACCUUCUGUUUCCUUUACUGUACAUCUCCUGGCCUGGAGGCUACGCGCGGGACAAGGUCCUGGCAGAAAGCUGACUCUCGAUUAAGGAGCUCGCCACCUCUCU